AUGGAGUGGGAUCACUUCAGACAAGCUCUCGGUCAAGGUCAACCCGAUCGCAUCAAGCUCAAACUCUUGUUGGACAAUGCAGCUUUUAUUAUUGACUUUCUUUCGCGUCUCUUGGAGCUAUGCCGCCAAUGCCAGACUCAUGAAGAGAUUGUAGCCUUGUAUCCACAAGCAUCGCAGGCACUUACUUUGGCAUCGGAUCAUCCUUAUCUUGCAGCACGCCCUGACAUUGCACGCCUGCUAGUAUCUUGUUUAUUGGAAUACAGCAAGUUUCAGUAUGCUGAGGAGGGAAAUACACUUCAACAACAUGGGCCAUCCAUCAGCUGGUGCAUUGCUCGGUUACGACGUCUUAUCAACAAUUCAUCCACUCGAGGAGAUAGCAAGGAAAUGAUUGAACGAAAGGUGGCCAAGAUAUCACAAAAACUGGACGAUGGUUUAUCAUCAGGCAACUUGCAGAUGGCAAGGAUCCAUGAGCUGUUUGACAUGGCCCUAUUUUUGAUACACGAGAAGCCGAUUAUUCCCCUGAUCCAAAAGCUCACUGAAUCAGCUAUCCGGUUACAUGAGAGGAAUUCAAGACGUCGACAUUGGGAAGCAUUAACACCUUGCUCCGACAAUGAUGAUGAUCAAGAUGAUGAUGGCCGCCUAUUCCAAAAUGCUGACGAUGAUGAUACCAUGUUGCUUCCUCCAUCAUUCCUGAAUCGGUUAUGCGAGCAUGAUGACACGUUAUGGAACCUGUAUUGUAAUUGGUCUCCGGAUCUCAAGUUUAGGCUUUGGAAGCAUCAUCCAGAGAUUAUCCGUGCUGAAUUAAUGCAAUUGUUACACAACUAUGCAAGCCAAACGACCUAUGUGGCCAAUGCCGAUAUCGACCUUUACAUGAUUGACUCGGAGGUGGUGGCGGCGUUGGCGCAUGAACCUCCAGUCUCUCAGGUCGUAUUUAAAAUCAUGGCUGAAUUGCUAUUGGAAUAUGGCGAUUGGAGGAUAUACAGAGCAUGGCGACAUCUUGUUACAGCAACUGCUUAUCAGUUUGUACCAGCUGGUCUGGAAGAAAUCGACAAGAGUGAUGGUGAUAUCAAGACAACUUUAUCGAAUUACAUUUACGGUGGGCCAAUACAUGAGAUACGUGUUUUACGAGGACAAGCAUGGUUAUGGAUCCUUGUUCAUCCCGAAUGGGUGUUUCAAUGGACUCAGGCGUUGGUGAACCAGUGUUAUGACCGGGGAAGCACACAUUUUUGGAAUAAGGACGUGGAGAAAAGGAUUGGAAUUCUUUGUUGGCUUCUUUAUCCAUCAGACGACGAUCGGCUCACGGAUACCCUGGAAAGGUUUCGAUCGUGGUUACAGCAUACCCUACAAGACGCCCACAGUGCUACACGAAUGAGCGACGCGUUUUAUGGUUCACUGGAAGAGAUUUUUUGUGGUAAUGUUAUUGUGGCGCUUUGCAUGACCAUGUCUAUACUGGUACGCUUGCCGGCGUGGUCGAAUCAAGAAUAUGUAAACAUGUUGGACUCUGCCUUAUCAAUCAGCAGAUCGGAGACUCCAAGGCCUUGCAAAUCCGGUUACUUUCUUUUCCUCGACAUGGUGCCUUUGUGGAAAAAGUCAUUCCCAUCAUCAACAUUACAAGUAUUAGUCGACCAUGUAGAUACUACUAUUGUACAGCAGCAUACACAUUCAUGA